AUGUUCACCACUUUGGUUGACCUAAAGUGGCACUUUAGCUUGUUUAUUUUCACUCUUGUGUACACAGUGACAUGGUUAUUUUUUGGCCUAAUUUGGUGGUUUAUUGCUUAUCUCAGAGGAGACCUGGAACAUUUAGGGGACAAGGACUGGGUUCCUUGUGUGGAGAAUCUAAAUGGCUUUGUCUCUGCUUUCCUCUUUUCCAUUGAGACAGAGACCACCAUUGGCUAUGGCUACCGAGUUAUUACGGAGAAAUGUCCCGAAGGAAUAGUUCUGCUUCUCAUUCAGGCAAUUCUUGGCUCUAUUGUUAAUGCACUCAUGGUAGGGUGCAUGUUUGUAAAGAUAAGCCAGCCAAAAAAACGAGCUGAAACCCUGAUGUUCUCCAACCAUACAGUGAUUUCCUUGCGGGAUGGCAAAUUAUGCCUCAUGUUUAGAGUAGGAGAUCUCCGAAGCUCCCAUAUUGUUGAGGCCUCAAUCCGAGCCAAACUCAUUAAAUCCAAGCAGACCAAGGAAGGAGAGUUCAUCCCACUCAAUCAGACGGACAUUAAUGUUGGCUUUGAUACAGGAGAUGACCGCCUCUUUCUGGUCUCCCCACUAAUCAUUUCACAUGAAAUCAAUGAAAAAAGCCCAUUCUGGGAGAUGUCCCGUGCACAACUUGAGAUGGAAGACUUCGAGAUUGUGGUCAUCUUAGAAGGCAUGGUGGAAGCUACAGGAAUGACCUGCCAAGCCCGCUGCUCCUAUGUGGACACAGAAGUUUUGUGGGGGCACCGCUUCACCCCAGUCCUUACCCUAGAAAAAGGUUUUUACGAAGUGGAUUAUACAAGCUUCCAUGAUACUUAUGAAACUCCCACACCAAGCUGCAGUGCCAAGGAGCUGGAGGCACUCCAGUAA